UUUUUUUUUUGGGAGGGGGGGGCAUUUCUCUCUCUCUUUUUUGGAAGCCUAAGGAAGAGGGGGUUAAAAUUAAGCCAGCCAUUUUGGGUAAAUAUUUUUUCCUCCCCCUUCUUUUUUUUUCAUGGGGGGGCAUUUAUCUUGUACCUGGGGGGGGGGGGCGCUUUAAAAAAAAAUAAUUUAGAGGCGGCCAUUUUUGUUGCUUUUUUGCUCGGGUGGCAAAAUAUGAUUCUCAACUACUCCCCACCUCAGAACUGAGGGACUCAUUUUUUUUUAAAUUCUUUCCUUCCCCUUGCGCACCCCCAACCCCCCAUUUUAAUUUUUUUUUUCUUCCCAAGAGGGGGGUCCGAGGAAGAAACCUUGAAGAAGAAGAAGAAGAAAAGUUGUGAAGGAAAGAAGAAGAAGAAGAAGAGUCCCGGCCAUCGCAUGGGACUUCUCCUCGCGCCCCCCUCCCCAAACAUCUCCCAUACGCCCACCGCCCCCUUUUGGGGGGCGAUUUUUUUUUAGGGUGGGGGAAUGGUUUGAGGGGGGUCGCUUUUGAGGGAAGGAGGGAGGGAGGGAGCGCGAGAGGCGGGGAAGGGGGGCCGCCGCCGCCCCCACCCCGCCCGUCAGCUCGGCUCCGGUGUUCCCCCACCCAUCGGCCACCCCCUCCUCCGGCACCACCACCAUGGCUUCCCCUCUGAGGGAGGACGAGGAAGAGGAGGAGGAGAUGGUGGUGUCCGAGCCGGAGGGGGAGGAAGACGAAGAAGAGGAGGAGGAGGAAGAGGAGGAGGAAGAAGAAGAAGAAGAGGACGACGAAGAAACCGCCACCGCCGCCGCCACCGCAAGGAACGACAGCCCGGGCGACAUCUUCCCGCCCGCCGCCGCCUCAGCAGCAGCAGCCGCCUCAGCGCAGGCGGAGGCUGCCCCGCUGACCCCCGCCGCCGCCUCCUCCUCCUCCUCCACGCCGGCCGCCGGAGGGACCCAGGCGCCGCCAGACAACGAAGAGGAGGAUUUGUGCAGCUUAGAGAGUCCCCUUGUCGUCAAGAAGAAGAAACGAGGGCCGAAAAAGCAGAAGGAUAACAAGCCGGGGAAACCCAGGAAGCGCAAAAAAUUAGUCAGUGAGGAUGAGUUUGAGUCCGACCGAGAGGAGUACCGGGCCAAGUCGGAGAGCGGUGGCAGUGAUUAUGGAGGCGUGGGGAAGAAGAAGCGGCGCAAGCAUCGGGAGAAGAAAGAGAAGAAGACCAAGCGGCGGAAAAAGACAGAGGAAGACGGAAUGCAAAAGCCAAAGGUAAGAAGGUCUCUGGGCCUCGGAGACCCAGUUUCCUCCUUCGUGGCUGAUGGACUAGUGAAAGGUCCAGUUUAUCGAAGGCCUCUCAUUGCCAAAAAGAAUCCCAAGAUCCCCAUGUCCAAAAUGAUGACCAUUAUGGGGGCCAAGUGGCGAGAAUUCAGUGCCAACAACCCUUUCAAAGGAUCGACGGCCGCCGUGGCUGCUGCGGCCGCCGCCGCUGCGGCCGCCGUAGCAGAACAAGUCUCAGCUGCCGUGUCGGCUGUGAUCCCUUCACCUGAGCCCCAACACCUGCUGCAGCCCCCGGCUCAGCCUCUUCCCAUCCGCAAAGCCAAAACCAAAGAGGGCAAAGGACCUGGCCACAAGAAGAGGAGUAAAAGCCCUCGCGUCCCCGAGAUGAAGAGGAAGGGGAAGGGGAAGAAGAUGGCGCCCCUGAAGAUCAAGUUGGGCGUGAUUGGCGGGAAGCGCAAAAAGAGCAGCUCACAUUUGUUUCAGAGCGACGAGGUGGCAGAACCGGAAGAAGAAUCCGACCUGGACAACUCCAGUGUUCACAGUUCUUCCGUGCGUUCGGAUAGUUCAGGAAGGGUCAAGAAAGUCAGGCGAGGUCGACCUGGACGAAAGAAGAAGAAAGUUGCCGGUGAAGAAGAGGCCGACGGCUACGAGACCGACCACCAAGACUAUUGCGAGGUGUGCCAGCAGGGCGGGGAGAUCAUCCUGUGCGACUCGUGUCCCAGAGCUUAUCACCUGGUGUGCCUGGACCCGGAGCUAGACAAGGCCCCCCAGGGCAAAUGGAGCUGCCCUCACUGCGAGAAAGAAGGAGUGCAGUGGGAGCCGAAGGAGGAGGACGAGGAAUACGAAGGCGAGCUGGACGAGAAGGAAGAGGAGGACGACCACAUGGAAUACUGCCGGGUCUGCAAGGACGGCGGGGAGCUCCUGUGCUGCGACGCUUGCAUCUCUUCCUAUCACAUCCACUGCCUCAACCCACCUCUCCCGGAGAUCCCCAACGGGGAAUGGCUGUGUCCCCGCUGCACGUGCCCCAUGCUAAAAGGCCGUGUCCAGAAGAUCCUCCACUGGCGGUGGGGCGAGCCCCCCACGCCGGUUGCGGUCCCGCUGCCCCCUGACAGCAACCCAGACGACCCGCCUCCCAAGUUGCUCCAGGGACGUUCGGAGCGCGAAUUCUUUGUCAAAUGGGUUGGCCUCUCUUACUGGCAUUGCUCCUGGAUAAAGGAAUUACAGCUGGAGAUUUUCCACUUAGUGAUGUACAGAAAUUACCAGCGGAAGAAUGACAUGGACGAGCCUCCCCCGUUUGACUAUGGCUCCGGCGACGAUGACGGGAAAAGUGAGAAGAGGAAGAACAAGGACCCUCUCUAUGCGGAGAUGGAAGAGAACUACUACCGUUACGGCAUCAAGCCGGACUGGAUGACCAUCCAUCGGGUGAUAAACCACAGCAUUGACAAAAAGGGCAUCUAUCACUACCUGGUGAAGUGGCGGGACCUCUCCUACGACCAGUCUACCUGGGAAGAGGACGAGAUGGCCAUCCCCGAAUACGAGUACCACAAGCAGGCCUACUGGUCGCACAGAGAGCUCAUUAUGGGGGAAGAUCCAGUCCAGCCUAGGAAGUACAAGAAAAAAAAGAAGGAGUUGGCCUCAGACGACCCACCGACUUCCCCCACCAACGACGUGAGUGAUUCCAGUGCUCUAGUCAGGCAAGAAGGCAUGCAGGUAGUCCUCGACUUACGACCACAGCUCAGCCCAACCUUUCCGUUUGCUAAGCGAGAAACCGGUUAAAUGAGCUUCGCCUCCCCCCACCCCCGUUUCGCACCCUUUCUCGCCAGCCUUGUCAAGGGAAUC